UAACAUACACCAAAAAGAACAGAGUCGAAAUUUCAUAACUUGUACCACGGUAACUCUACAAGUGAAAAUCCUGCAAAAUGGAUGCAAAAUCUAGGAUUGCACCUAGCGAUAAGAGGUUAGAAAAAGAAUCAAAGGAGUAUAAAAAGAGAGGCAAAGUUAAGGAAGAGUUUUUAUAUCUUUUUCCAUCAUUAGAGGACCUUGAUGAUGAGUACAGACCAAAAGAAUAUGUGUGGCAUGAUCCAGGGCACCGAUUUGAAGAGAGUAUGAAGUUAUCAACGACUGAAAGAGUGAAGAGAAAGGGAUUGUUGAAUCCAGUCUUAUCUCUUGCUGUUGCAGGAUUACUUGGUUUAACCGGUGCCAUUGUAUACAACCUUUAUCGUGGAAGACUAGAAGUGGCAGAGAAAAUUAGAAAUUAUAGUAUGCAUACACAGGUUCUCAUAGUAGCAGCUCUUGUCUUUGGGCCAGGAACUAGUCUCUUUGUAAAGGAUACAGAUGGUCAAUGGAGAAGACGAACUGUUGUUUCUCCUUACAUGGAGAAAGGAGAAUAUGAAAAAAUGAAAAAUGAAGAGAUUGACAAAGCAGACAAUGGACUUGUUUUCAGUGAUGAUGGCUUAAAAAAGUGAUAGAAGGAUAUUUGCAGUAAAUGACAGCUUUUUAAAAAAAUUGAUAAUAUGCUAACAGUUAAUUGUUUGCUUUGAUUAUUAGUCUCAGUUUGGAUUAUAUUUCAUGACCAUAUUGCAGUGUGAGUCAUAUUAAUUUUGAGUAAUAUUUUUUAUGAAUAGACAUAAUGCAGGUCUACAUAAGAACUUAAAUGUGUCUUCUUCAGCUUCUCUUAAUUACACUUAAAAUUGUUUGUUGGAAAUGCCAGGUGCCUUGGAUUUUUUUAAAGAGAAAUCAACCCUGUAUGUGUCUUGAAAAAAAAUUAACUUGAAUGUCUUCACAAGGGGGAUUAGCUCCAAACUGUCAUGUACUUUGAGUAGGUAGAUAAUUUUGGAAUUUUAUCUCUUUUACACACAGUACAAUUAAAUUGACACUUGCACAGAGUGA